CACGACAGGUGUGAUGGAGAAAGCCAAUUGGCUCUUCAUUAAAACACUCACGACAGGUGUGAUGGAGAAAGCUAAUUGGCUCUUCAUUAAAACACUCACGACAGGUGUGAUGGAGAAAGCUAAUUGGCUCUUCAUUAAAACACUCACGACAGGUGUGAUGGAGAAAGCUAAUUGGCUCUUCAUUAAAACACUCACGACAGGUGUGAUGGAGAAAGCUAAUUGGCUCUUCAUUAAAACACUCACGACAGGUGUGAUGGAGAAAGCUAAUUGGCUCUUCAUUAAAACACUCACGACAGGUGUGAUGGAGAAAGCUAAUUGGCUCUUCAUUAAAACACUCACGACAGGUGUGAUGGAGAAAGCUAAUUGGCUCUUCAUUAAAACACUCACGACAGGUGUGAUGGAGAAAGAUAAUUGGCUCUUCAUUAAAACACUCACGACAGGUGUGAUGGAGAAAGCUAAUUGGCCCUUCAUUAAAACACUCACGACAGGUGUGAUGGAGAAAGCUAAUUGGCUCUUCAUUAAAACACUCACGACAGGUGUGAUGGAGAAAGCUAAUUGGCUCUUCAUUAAAACACUCACGACAGGUGUGAUGGAGAAAGAUAAUUGGCUCUUCAUUAAAACACUCACGACAGGUGUGAUGGAGAAAGCUAAUUGGCCCUUCAUUAAAACACUCACGACAGGUGUGAUGGAGAAAGAUAAUUGGCUCUUCAUUAAAACACUCACGACAGGUGUGAUGGAGAAAGCUAAUUGGCCCUUCAUUAAAACACUCACGACAGGUGUGAUGGAGAAAGCUAAUUGGCUCUUCAUUAAAACACUCACGACAGGUGUGAUGGAGAAAGCUAAUUGGCUCUUCAUUAAAACACUCACGACAGGUGUGAUGGAGAAAGCUAAUUGGCUCUUCAUUAAAACACUCACGACAGGUGUGAUGGAGAAAGCUAAUUGGCUCUUCAUUAAAACACUCACGACAGGUGUGAUGGAGAAAGCUAAUUGGCUCUUCAUUAAAACACUCACGACAGGUGUGAUGGAGAAAGCUAAUUGGCUCUUCAUUAAAACACUCACGACAGGUGUGAUGGAGAAAGAUAAUUGGCUCUUCAUUAAAACACUCACGACAGGUGUGAUGGAGAAAGAUAAUUGGCCCUUCAUUAAAACACUCACGACAGGUGUGAUGGAGAAAGAUAAUUGUCUGUAAGAUUUCAGAAAUGUCGACAAAACUGAAUGCGUUCGACAAGAGCGGAUCAUUUCAGUGAAAUAGAUUCUGCUUCAUAUUUUGGUGGAGAUGCUCCUGUAUUGCUAGAACAACAUCAUGUUGUGGUGCUGUGUGGUCCUUUCCCGCUACGACCCUGGAAAAGCAGGAAGUGUUUAUUUGACUACAGGUGAAAUAAGUUAUGAUGAACUUCUUAAGUUGGUGAAUGUGCGGUGAUGAGCUUCAUGCUAAUUUCCAGGAAAUAGGCCUAUCUGGGAUAUUCAUUUCCAGGAAAUAGGCCUAUCUGGGAUAUUCAUUUCCAGGAAAUAGGCCUAUCUGGGAUAUUCAUUUCCAGGAAAUAGGCCUAUCUGGGAUAUUCAUUUCCAGGAAAUAGGCCUAUCUGGGAUAUUCAUUUCCAGGAAAUAGGCCUAUCUGGGAUAUUCAUUUCCAGGAAAUAGGCCUAUCUGGGAUAUUCAUUUCCAGGAAAUAGGCCUAUCUGGGAUAUUCAUUUCCAGGAAAUAGGCCUAUCUGGGAUAUUCAUUUCCAGGAAAUAGGCCUAUCUAGGAUAUUCAUUUCCAGGAAAUAGGCCUAUCUAGGAUAUUAUUUGUAGGCUAUCAUGGUGACAUCAUGGUGCUUGGCUGCCAUUUGAAAAAUAAAAUGAUAUUUUGUCUCAUCAAGAAGCUUAUCCACUUUAUCUGCCAAUUGAGAAUGUGCCAAGACCAGAUCACUCUUAUCUGCCAAGUGAGAAUGUGCCAAGACCAGAUCACUCUAUCUGCCAAGUGAGAAUGUGCCAAGACCAGAUCACUCUAUCUGCCAAGUGAGAAUGUGCCAAGACCAGAUCACUCUAUCUGCCAAGUGAGAAUGUGCCAAGACCAGAUCACUCUAUCUGCCAAGUGAGAAUGUGCCAAGACCAGAUCACUCUAUCUGCCAAGUGAGAAUGUGCCAAGACCAGAUCACUCUAUCUGCCAAGUGAGAAUGUGCCAAGACCAGAUCACUCUAUCUGCCAAGUGAGAAUGUGCCAAGACCAGAUCACUCUAUCUGCCAAGUGAGAAUGUGCCAAGACCAGAUCACUCUAUCUGCCAAGUGAGAAUGUGCCAAGACCAGAUCGGACAAGUUUGCUCUUUCCCUAAAAACGUUUGUAGCAAAACCAUCGGUAGAGUUCAAGAGGAGAUGGAAGCACAUUGAACUGCUGUGUUUAAUCUGAAGACGUGUUUUUUAGAAGCACUACGUCAUUACAAACGUUUUUAUUCACAACAAGUCCGUUUGAUGGAAACCCCUCUGUCAGUGGAAUGUCUUUCUGUGUGAAUAUUAGAAUAGUGGCUGGAUGGACACCUGGCUGGAUGGACACCUGGCUGGAUGGACACCUGGCUGGAUGGACACCUGGUUGGAUGGACACCUGGCUGGAUGGACACCUGGUUGGAUGGACACCUGGCUGGA